AUGCUCGAAAUACCCCUCCGCCAGCCGGCAAGCACGCCUUUGGGCGGGCCAACGCCAGGUCUAGCAGAACCCUUCGUUUUCGUGCCCAUUACUGGAGUGGAGGCGUCGAAGGGCAGAGGAGCUGCAAAGCGUAUUGUGCGUGCCCAUGUCACGAGAGUCCAACAUGCAAAGUCUUCUGCCUUGAGCAGUACCCAGGACCUGCAGACGUGGACAGUGAAACCUUACAUACAUCGAGAUGCUCUCAGCGUCCGUAGGAAGGCUACCUCGACUAUCAAACCGGCGAAGAAAGCACCGUAUCUACGCAAGGACAGCAGCACAGACUCUAGCAGUAAGGACUCUGACACGACGAACAGCGUUCACGACUCAGCAAUAGUCAUCUUGUCGCCAAGGUUACCCAAUGCUGCAGGCGGCUUAGCAGAUCCCUUCUGGAGCUACCCAGUCGACCACCAACCAGAACUCUCACCACUUUUCGCACAUUACAUCCAGAAUAUUGCUGUCGAAAUUGCCGAUCUCGAUGGGCCGAACGAGAAAGGUCUCAUCCGCAGGAACUGGUUCCCGACAAUGAUGCAAGAAGCAGCACCCAUGUACGCUGUCCUGCUCAUGUCCGCGUCCCAUUAUGCCAUUGUGAACCCCAAGGGAGCCGCGCUCAUUGACCUGCUCCAUCUCAAAGCACGAACACUGGCCGAAAUCAACAAAACCCUUGCAGAUCCCAAAAAGGGUAUCAGUGAUGCUAUGCUAGCCGCCGUGGUCAAGGUGGCAGCAUACGAAGCAAUCUUUGGCGACUCGGCAAGUUUCACUGCGCACAUGAAGGGCUUGAAAAUGAUGCUCAAGAUGCGAGGAGGGUACUCGACGCUUGGGCUGAAUGGGUUAAUUGAGCGGAUGAUAUUAUGGAUUGACCUGAAUGCUGCGCACAUUACCGGACUGGAAAGACAUCUUGAUGGCGCUUUCGAGACGAAGGUCACUUUUGCGGCGCCUGACCCAUUCCAUUUCGCUGGCAUCUCAUGA